AUUAGGAAUAACCCUAAUAUCCAGAUAAGAAGACUAAUACUUUCCUUGAGCUUAAGAGAAAAAUAUAAAAAGUAACAUUGCGCGGCUUCUUAUUUCACAAUGACCAUUGACCUUUAAACCCCCGCUGGUUACGUAAACGUGUCAUAUCGGGAGGACCAGCUGAAAACCCGUGAUGGUGCCUCGACAGAGCAGAAGCCCAUGAUGAUGGACCAUCAUCGGCGGCCACUGCAGAACAGUACAACGCAUCUCCGGCUUAGUUUUCAGACACGCCGGACGGAGCAGAGUCCGUUCAGCUGUACCGGCAUUUCGCGUCUUUCCAGCCGGUUGGAUCUGUUGUGACGGCAGCUGACAUACAGCCUUAAGAUUGGAGUGGAGGUUUGAUAUGUUAUUACGGUGGUAGAGAUCGACAGAUCUUAGUAGUAAUAGUUCGCUGCUAGAUAAUGACAUGAGGUGAUAUAGUGUGUCCCCGGUCUGAGGGGUGAGGAAAGCGCCAAGCCUCUGCGGAUCUCUUCUUCAUUCGGACCGUCUGAUGUCUCAGGGGCGGCCGCUGUCUCUUCAUGCAGCGGACAUGCGGGAUCCAGCCCAGGCAGAUGGCGCUGUGUAUGAGGCAGCAUGGUCACUGUCAGGUGCCUUUGAGUUGGUGGAUAUGGAUGAUGUCUUGCCUCCCUAUGAGCCGGUGCAGCCCCACUGGUUCUAUCAGCAGGAAGAGGACAAGGACAUCUGGCUGCCGUUCAGCAAGGUGGACUCGCGGAACCUGGAGCAGGCCUUAAAGUGUGGUGGUAAGCAGGAAGAGGAUGUGCUGGUGGCCACCGAUGGCGGGCGCUGCGACGUGGAUCUUGGGGGGAGGAAGCGGCACACCGUGUUCUGGGAGGAGACGCCCUCUGAAGUGCGCCGUUGUACCUGGUUCUACCGAGGGGCCAAGGAUGGCCGCUACCUGCCCUACCCCGAGGAAAUCGGCGAGAACCUGGAGGAGGCCUACAUGAUCGCAUACACACUGGGCGAGUGGAAGAGAACGCUGAAGUUACCCACCGAAGAAGUAAUCAUCUUCCACAGCCCACAGCUGAUAACGCAGCAGCGACCCGUGGCCGGUCAUGCUGGAGACUGGCCGCCUCCCCUGCCGGAGCACACAACAAAGUCCUCCCCCAUUAAGAGGGGGGUGCACAGCAUUGCAGUGGACAUCCCAGAAGGAGAGUCCGUGAUGGUGGACCACCUGGUGUUCAUGGUACACGGUAUCGGGCCGGCCUGUGAUUUGCGCUUCCGCAGCCUCGUGCAGUGUGUGAAUGAUUUCCGGGGCACCUCCCUUCGGCUGCUGGGGAGCCACUUCAGGCAGUCGGUGUCCAGGGGGACUGUGGGCCGUGUGGAGUUCCUCCCGGUUAAUUGGCACGGUGCCCUGCAUGGAGAUGCCACUGGGGUGGAUGAGGACAUCCAGCGAAUCACGUUGCCAAGCAUCAGCCGCCUGAGGAACUUCACAAACGAGACACUCCUGGACAUCUUCUUCUACAACAGCCCCACCUACUGCCAGACUAUCGUGGACACAGUGGCCACUGAGCUGAACCGCCUGUACCACCUCUUCCUGCAGCGGCACCCACACUUUGCUGGCCAUGUGUCGGUGUUGGGGCACAGCCUCGGUUCCCUGAUACUCUUUGAUAUCCUGACCAAUCAGCAACCAGAUCCUGGGAGCUCUGCUGGUUCACAGACAGAAAGAGACAGUGAUUCUGACCUAGACACCAAAAGUCUGGAGGAGCUGCUGAAGAAUUCUGGAUUAGAGGAGUAUCUCAGCCUCUUUCAGAGGCAUCAAAUGGACCUUGAGUCGCUGGCCCUGUGUUCCGAGAGCGACCUGCAGGCCCUGGGAGUCCCCCUCGGACCAUGUAAGAAGAUCCUGAACGUCAUCAAAAAGAAGGCCAUAGCAGAGAUGCUCAGGGCUGGAGCCCAGCUGCAGUUUCACGGUGUAACAGAAGCAGCGGCCUCCCGCAAGAGCACCCCAGGAACCUCUGUGCACGCAACCAUCCCUCAGGUCCUCUCCACCACCAACCCUGUGAACUACAAGUACCUGAACGUUGGGAUCGGGCAGGUGCUGGUGUGCUACCCCAGGCUGGACUUUGAACCAGAGAACUUCUUUGCAUUGGGCUCUCCCAUUGGGAUGUUCCUCACAGUGAGAGGACUCAAGCACAUCGACCCCAGCUAUAAAUUCCCCACUUGUAGAAGCUUCUACAACAUCUUCCACCCAUUUGACCCCGUGGCAUACAGGAUUGAACCCAUGAUCUUGGGUCGUGAUGUCGAGGUCGAACCGAUGCUCAUUCCACAUCACAAAGGCAGGAAGAGGAUGCAUAUCGAGCUGCGGGAGAACCUGACGCGGAUGAGUUCUGACCUGCUGGGGUCUCUGCGCACCGUCUGGCAGGUCCUCUCAAGGGGACCUGUCCCUGCUCUGCCCCCAGUGGAGGAAAUCAGAACUGCAAUGCAUCACACCAUCGAGGACACAAAUGCCCCCAGCCUGCCGUGUGCCGCAGGACAUUCCGGAACAGGCCCAAGCGCCGCCAUGUCUGCCGGCUCCUGGGAGAGGGGCUGUGACAUCAACGUGGGCAUGUUGAAUGGUGGGCGACGCAUUGACUAUGUGCUUCAGGAGAAACCCAUCGAGAGCUUCAAUGAAUACCUGUUCGCCCUUCAGAGCCAUCUGUGCUACUGGGAAUCGGAAGACACCACUCUGCUUGUGCUCAAGGAGAUUUACGCAAAGAUGGGGGUCUACUUUGGCCAGACAUAACUCGACUGAAACAGGAGGGUGAACGGUUGUCCAGUAGGAGCACUGCAAAUGGUAUCUCAGACUCCCUCGCCCCAGAGGAUUGUGGGUAAAAUGCUCCACAAUGCCACCAGUUUUACUAGCCCUAUGGCACCAUGGAUAAUUUUCUAGGAAUUUCAGUUUUGGCUUAAUUUGUCAUGAAGUAGCACAAGUUAUACAUUCAGAAUCGGGGAAAAGAUUUAUCUUCUGGCUUUUCUAAGCGCAUUUCAGCCCAAAAUGGAUAUUUUCAUAGGGAUUUUUAUGCGUAUUGCACAAAUGCGUUUUCAUAAACUCAAGUUCUUCACACGUUGCAAAGGGUUUUUUUUCCACAUGAACAAACAUGGGUUAGGAUCUCCAAAUCAACUGUGGCUUUCGUUUUUUGCUUGUUUGCAUACGUUUUGUAGAAUCAUAUUUUAAACUUUUGUGAUUAAACGUAUGAAAUGGCAUGAACAUGUCCUCCACGUUCUUCUGCCUUUGCCUAACAGUAGGAAUGUUUACAGUAGCAGCACCGGAAGCCAGAAAAGGCCAAGCCCCCCCCCCCCCCCCACAGCCAUGUACUGUACAGACCUCAGCCCCCGGGGGCCGGGGAUUCUCCCGCCUGAUGCUUGUCCCCUUUGUUUUCCCCACACAGUCACUGUUAUUCUUUGCUUUCCCAAACUGUUUAAUUGCACCAGGCACUGUUUGUAAUAGAUACACCCAAAAACUGAGCGCAUGGCUUUUUCCGUUAAAGCAUAUAGAAGUGAAGUUACACACGUCUGAAAUAGCUUACGGUUCUGUCGGGUCUGUACACACCAGGCAAGUUUUUUUUUUUUUUUUUUUUUUUUUUUUUUUUUUUUU